GAAGCCCUCUAAUAUGCUAGUAAACACAAGAGGACAAGUCAAGCUGUGUGAUUUUGGAGUUAGCACUCAGCUGGUGAAUUCUAUAGCCAAGACGUAUGUUGGAACAAAUGCUUAUAUGGCGCCUGAAAGAAUUUCAGGGGAGCAAUAUGGAAUCCAUUCUGAUGUCUGGAGCUUAGGAAUCUCUUUUAUGGAGCUUGCUCUUGGGAGGUUUCCAUAUCCUCAGAUUCAGAAAAACCAGGGAUCUUUAAUGCCUCUCCAGCUUCUGCAGUGCAUUGUUGAUGAGGAUUCACCCGUCCUUCCGGUUGGAGAGUUCUCCGAGCCAUUUGUACAUUUCAUCACUCAGUGCAUGAGAAAACAACCAAAAGAAAGGCCAGCACCUGAGGAAUUGAUGGGCCACCCAUUCAUCGUUCAGUUCAACGAUGGAAAUGCCACCGUGGUGUCCAUGUGGGUGUGCAGGGCACUGGAGGAGAGGCGGAGCCAGCAGGGCCCCCCCUGAGGCUGCAGUGUGAUGCUGAAAGCCCAGGACUGAUCACCAAGGGGAAAACGUGCCUGUUGUGCCCUUCGUUUGCUGUCCGCACCAGAAGAGCUUUGCUGGACUCACCUUCGACUCUGCUGGCAGAUGGCCUUGCCUAGGGAGCCCUCAAGGGUGGCCAACCCCUGCAGGGCAAGCCCUCGCCCCCCACCCCCGAGUCUGGAGGCCUGACUGGCAGGGAGGGUAGAGGGGUUGGGGCACCGAGAAGAGAGGCCCCUACGCCCUUGCUGCUCUUCCUUUUUCCUGACAUUCUCCUUUGUAAAGGGUCAGGCCCCGUCAGUAUCGCUGAUGGGAAUAAAAGUAUUACUGCUUUGUGAC